AAAAACGAAGAUAUCAUAACCUAGAAGCUCCUUCUUAAAAGCUCUCGUGCGAUCUUGUGUGAAAAAUAUAUUUUUCGUAGAAUAUUUUCAAUAUACAAUGUUAAUAGCUAUAAAAUAACUAAAUAAAAACAGCGCAUUAAAUUAUUAUUUGGUUUAUAUGAGAUUAUUAGAGUAAAGUAGCUACAUAAACAUGGAUAAACUUUUGACUAGAUUAACUUCCUUAUGUCGAACUUUAGCUAAUCGGUCGUCUAUUGCUUGUCAAUGUCUAAGAUUUCAAAAGCAGAAUGCACAAAUGCAUUUCGCAGCAAACCCAGCAAAAACAAAAUUAACCAUACAUAUGAAUCAGAAUGGCACAAGCUUUUGGCACUUACAAAAACGCAAUAUGUUUAUUCAAACACAGGAUACUCCCAAUCCUAACAGUUUAAAAUUUCUUCCUGGUAAAGAAGUUUUAGGUCCAGGCCAAACUAAAGAUUUUCCUAAUGCAUCAGAAGCAUACUGUUCUCCAUUAGCAAAAAUGCUUUUUCGUAUUGAAGGAGUUAAGUCAGUCUUUUUUGGGCCAGAUUUUAUAACAAUUACAAAAAUAGAUGAAGAUAUGGACUGGACGAUAAUCAAACCAGAAAUAUUUGCUAAUAUCAUGGAUUUCUUUGCAAGUGGCUUACCAAUAUUCAGUGAAACUCAACCAUCGUCAGAUACUUUAAUUAGUGAAGACGAUGAUGAAAUUGUACAGAUGAUUAAGGAGCUCCUGGACACAAGAAUUAGACCUACCGUUCAAGAGGAUGGAGGAGACAUUGUUUUUAUGGGUUUUGAAAAUGGUAUAGUAAAGCUCAAAAUGCAAGGUUCUUGCACAAGUUGUCCAAGUUCAGUUGUAACAUUGAAGAAUGGUGUUCAAAAUAUGAUGCAAUUUUAUAUACCAGAAGUUCUUGGAGUUGAACAGGUUGAAGAUGAAAUAGAUAAAGUAGCAAAAACUGAGUUUGAAAAACUUGAAAAGAAAAUUGAAAAACCCAGUAACGAAUAAAAAUAGACAUCUUCAAGAUUUUUUUUAUUUGUAAAAUAAUUGUAACAUACAAAACUAAUUGUUAACUUAAAAAUUAUUUUAAAUAACAUCUAAUUACUUAAAAAUGAUAAAACAAGUUAAAUAAAUUUUUUUAGUCUGUU